GAAACUGUUGUGGUUUGAUGAUGACUGAUGGAAAAAUCACUUUUGUUGUAAAUAUGAGGCGUGACACAGGUGUGAGCUGAUUGGAACAGUGAUGUUAUUUUGGCCAUGGCAGAGCAGUCUGCUGUCCUGCUGCUCGCCCUGAAGUCCCAUCAGCUGUCAGAGGGAGAGAUACCCUGACAUGUCCUGACCCUCAAGCCCCAGCCUGAGCCACAGUCACAACAGAGCUCAUCUCUGGGAAACAAAACACAAACAAAGCUGGAAAUGGAGCACCACUCCCAGACAAACGUCCACUCAGGGUUUGGGGUGAAGGGAUGUUUUGGAGAGAAAACUAGCUUUCUGUAAUGAAACCCUGGUCCCUGGUGAUGUGUUGCUGCAGGCUAUCUCUGCUGGCAUGGUGACGAUGUAUCUUGUGUUGUCUGAACAUGUUUGUCAGUCCCUACAGUAUCGGAUAAGCAGACAUCUACUCUCCAUUUCUCUCUUUCGCUCUCUAUCCCCCUCUCUUUCUUUCCCUCUCCUUCCACACCCACCUCCCACUAGCAGACAGAGUACUAGGAUUCCACAGAAUUUAAAAACCCAGUCAGGCCCAGGCCCCAUGCAGAGCCUCUGCACGUAGGAGCAGCAGAUCUUCCCAUAGGAAGACCACAGAGGUUCACUGUUGUGCCGUGGACAGAAGACUGAGAGGCAGUGCGGCAGGAAUGUUCCAGGGCUCGGUCAUUGCUCAAUCUGGAUAUCAAUCUGCAGACAGGGCUGUAACAGCGACCCCGGUCAGACGUCUCAGCAGAGCGAGUCAGAUGAUGCCCUCCGGUCCUCAGAGCAGCAUGCAGGCCUGACCGGCACAGUGGAAGCCUGGUUUCUCCUCCUCCUUCCUGUCAGCCUCCCCCUCUCCCUCUAGGGCCUGUGCACCAGGCCCCCCAUGCUCACAGGGCCUAGCAUCCAGCCGUCCAGCCGUCCAGCCCUGGAGGCAGCCAUGCCCGCCUGAGUGCCCAGGUGACGUGCCCCUGGCGCCGGCCCCAAGCCCAGCCUGCAGUGCCCCAUGGAGCAGUCCGUGGGCGGAUCAGUCCCUGCCAGUGACGAGUUCUACACCCGCCACCUCCGCCUGGCCAACGGAGGCUUGCUGCCCCCAUCCCGCCUCGACGGCCCUGGCCACCCCCUCGGUGCCGUGGGGGUCCCCAAGAUGGGGGUCCGAGCACGUGUCGCUGAAUGGCCCCCGAGGAAAGACCUCGGGGCUCUUUGGCACGUCGCCAUGGAGACGGACGCUCCGGGCAUGCCCGUGAGCGUGCAGAGCCACGCCAAGCUAGGUCACAUGAUCAGCCCCCAGGACUCCUUCAUGUUGCGCAACAUCAGCAACACGCUGAGGAGCAGGAUGCAGAACGCCAGCAGCCACGCCCCCGACAACCACUACCUGGCGCCCGGCAACCAACCAGGCUCUGCCCAGAGGACCCACCGUCGCAUCCGCCAGCGCAGCAACAGUGACAUCACCAUCAGCGAGCUGGAGGGUGGCGGAGGGGACAGUGGCGAGGACUGGGGGCCCUCAGGGGCCACCAAGUGGUCCCCUCUCCACCGGGAGUACGGCAGCACUUCCUCCAUCGACCAGCAGGGGGCCUCGGGCGAGAGCUUCUUUGAGAUGCUGAAGGGCUACCAGGGGGUCCAAGGAGUCCAGGGGGACCAGCGCAGCCCCGCGCCCGAGAGGCUGGAGGCCCUGCUGACCACCACAGGACACCAGCAGGCCUCCGUAGAGCAGCAGGGGGAGACCUCAGACAGCCCCCAGCCCAGCGGCAAGACCAAGGACAGAGACAAGCACCCCAAGAGACGCUCCAAGUCGGAGACGGGGGGAGAGUCCAUCUUCAGGAAGCUCCGCAGCGUGCGCGGGGAGUCCGAUUCCCCCAAGGGCGGCUCUGACGUGGAGGACUCCAAAUCCGAAGACCCCCCCUUUAAACCCUGGAUGUGCCAGAAGGGCUUCGCUCACUACGACGUCCAGAGCAUGCUCUUUGACCUGAACGAAGUCCUGCAGAGUCGGCAGAUGGCCGGACGGAGGUCCAAGAACACGACCACGGGGGCGUCUGCUGCCGCGGCCGCCUCCACCACCUCCACGCUCUCCUCCACCCACAGCCUGGCCUACAGCUCCCCUGGUGGCAGCCAGGAGGACCUGCACGCCAGGGACAGCCCUGGCCUGGACCCGGGGGACGAACAGAGCAACGAGAUGCUGCUAAGCUGCCCCUGCUUCCGCAAUGAGAUAGGAGCCGAUGGCAGCGGAAGGCGCAAGGUGGGGGCUGGGGGCGGGGCGGGGGGCGGGGCGGGUUCCUCUAGGGUGGCCGGUGGCGGGGGUGCAGGGGGCUCUGGGACCCUGGGGGGAGGGGAGGGGGGCCUGUAUGAGACAUCCCCCAGCUCCCACUGCAGUAACGCUGGGGUGGCCGUGCUGGAGGGGCCCAGGGACGCCCCCAACGCCCUCAGUGACAAGGGGAAGCACUACCUGGUGGAGCACGUUGACCUGGGAGCCUACUACUACAGGAAGUUAUUCUACUUGAGAGAGCACUGGAACUACUUUGGCCUGGACGAGGCGCUGGGUCCGGUGGCCGUCAGCAUACGGCGAGAGAAGCUGGAGGAAGAGAAGGAACUCGCCCAGCAGUAUAACUACCGCAUCAUCUUCAGAACCAGCGAGCUGACCACUCUGCGGGGGUCUAUCCUGGAGGAUGCUGUUCCCUCUUCCUCCAAGCAUGGCACCGCCCGGGGGCUGCCUCUAAAGGAGGUGCUGGACUUCCUGCUGCCGGAGCUGGACCUACCCUGCCUCCGCCUGGCCCUCAACACGCCCAAGGUCACCGAGCAGCUGAUGAAGCUGGACGAACAGGGGCUCAGCUUCCAGGUGAAGGUGGGGGUUCUGUACUGCAGGGCGGGGCAGAGCAGUGAGGAGGAGAUGUACAACAACGAGGCUGCCGGCCCUGCGCUGGAGGAGUUCCUGGAGCUGCUGGGGGACAAGGUCCGUCUCAAGGGCUUCACCAAGUACCGCGCCCAGCUGGACACAAAGACGGACUCCACUGGCACCCACUCCCUGUACACCACGUUCAGAGACUACGAGAUCAUGUUCCACGUCUCAACCAUGCUGCCCCACACCCCCAACAACAAACAACAGCUGCUGAGGAAACGCCACAUUGGGAACGACAUCGUGACCAUCGUGUUCCAGGAGCCGGGGGCGCACCCCUUCACCCCCAGGACCAUCCGCUCACACUUCCAGCAUGUGUUCGUCAUCGUGCGUGUGCACGACCCCUGCUCCGACCACACGGGAUACAGUGUGGCUGUCACUCGUUCUCAGGACGUGCCCUCGUUCGGCCCCCCCCUCCCCAGGGGCGUGACCUUCCCCAAGUCCACCGUGUUCAGGGACUUCCUGCUAGCCAAGGUCGUCAACGCGGAGAACGCUGCCCACAAGUCCCAGAAGUUCGGCGCCAUGGCGACGCGCACGCGGCAGGAGUACCUGAGGGACCUGGCGGAGCGUCAUGUGACCAGCACGCCCGUGGAGCCUGUGGGGAAGUUCCCCUUCAUCACGCUGGCGCACAAACGGCGCGAGAGGCUGCGUCCCUACAGCGGGGCAGAGCUCCGCAGCCUGGGGGCGGUCACCUGGCCCGUCCACGCCGAGGACCAGGUGGCCGGGGCGGAGAGGGAGUGUCUGCUGGCUAUCUCUAACGACUUCCUCAUCCUGCUGGACCAGGAAGCCAAGGCGGUGGUGUUCAACUGCGCCACGCGCGACGUGAUUGGCUGGUCGUCGGGCAGCCCCGCCUCCAUGAAGGUGUACUACGAGCGCGGGGAGAGCGUGUCCCUGCGCUCCAUCAACAACAACACAGAGGACUUUGGAGAGGUGGUCAGGCGUCUGGAGCUGCUGACAAAGGGCAGCCAGACCACGGAGAUGACCCUGCGCAGGAACGGCCUGGGCCAGCUGGGCUUCCACGUCAACUUCGAGGGCAUCGUGGCGGAGGUGGAGCCGUACGGCUACGCGUGGCAGGCGGGGCUGCGACAGGGCAGCCGGCUGGUGGACAUCUGUAAGGUGUCUGUGGCUUCGCUGUCCCACGAGCAGAUGAUCGACCUGCUGAGGACGUCUGUCACCGUCAGGGUGGUCAUCAUCCCCCCACACGAAGACUCCACCCCCCGCAGAGGCUGCUCUGAGCUCUACCACAUGCCCCUGGUGGACUAUAAGAACCACAAGGAGGGCAUGCCCUACGAGUUCAAGUUCCCCUUCCGCAGCAGCAACAACAACACCACCACUACCACCAGCAGGUGGCCCCGGACCUCCUCCAGCCCCCACGCACGCCCCCCCGGUCUGGGGGGAACCAUGGUCAAGGCCCCCGCUGCAGACCUGGGGGACAGAGCGCUCCCUCGCAGUAUGUCCAGUGACGGACGGCAGCUCAACCCCAAAAGGUACUCUCCGGGGUCAGAUAACUAUGCCCUGGCCUGCUCCAUCGUUAUGGGGCGCUCUCCCCACAACCCUGCCUCCCACAGCAGCAUGUCCUACUGCGACACCCUGGGCUCCAGGGGGUCUGGGGGCUCUGGGGGGUCCGGGGGAACCCUGGCCUCCAGCCACUGGAAACAGAAAAACCUGCCUGAAGGGUUCAACAACAACAGCCGUCAUUCCCCGAUGUCCUUAGAGCGCCGUGCCCAGGGGGAGGGGUUUAACGGGGCGAAGCCCACCCCCAGCCACACCCUCGGGCCCAGCUCAGCACCUGGUUGGCCCCGGGCGGGCGAGGGCGAGGGGCCUAGCCACACUGGAGAGAGAGCUGCUAACGAGCUCCCUGGCUCCAGAGCGUGUGUGUCUGGUCACCUGUCUCCCAACAACAACACCAAGGCUGACGCCCCUUACUCCUCCAGCCAAUCCAGCAGCAACACGCUCUCCAGCAACGCUUCCAGCUCCGCCCAGAGUGAUGAGAAGUGGUACGAGGUGGGCUCCCGGGCCGGCGUGCGUCAGGACUCGGAGCUGAACGGCUUCCUUCAGGGGGCGUCGACAGACAGCGGUAUCGACACUGCUCCCUCGUACGGGGCCCCUGACAGCAGCACGGCCUCCUCGGGGGGGGUGAGGGCGGCGGAGCACCCCCCCAUCCUCUGGCAGGACCCCCCGUCGCCCCCGGAGACCUCCCCCCACACCCCGGACCCCCCCACCCCCACAGGAAGCAGCGAGAGCCCUGCCAAGACCCCCCCGACCUUCCCCCCCGCCCCGGACAGCGGCUCCUACACCCUCAGCGAUGCUGCUUCACAUUCCAGCACCCUGAGCUCCAGACACUCAGGCAGUCCUCUGGGCCGGGCCUGCAGCCCCUCCCUGGAGGAGCCUCACCCCUCCCCCACCUCCCAUACCUCCCCCACCUCCUCCACCCCCGGGCCCAAGAGCUUCUACCCCCGGCACGGGACCACAUCCAAGUUCCUCAUCGGCUGGAGAAAGCCCGGAGGAACCAUCAACUCUGUGGACUUUGGCAACACUCGCAAACGACACCAGAGCGAGGGCCUGAUGGGGGGGCAGCCCCAGCUGAGGGCCGUCAUGCGUGGGUCCCAGUCCCCCCAGCGCAACACCAAGUCCAGCCUGGAGGAGGACCUGAAGAGGCUCAUCACCCUGGACAGCCCUCCGCCCACCGCUAGCGAUCUCAAGCCUGUGUUCCCUGUCCCCCCCUCCAGUCGUCGCUCCCUCCAGAGGGCCGUGUCAGAUGAGAGUAUCUACAGUGGCCAGAGGGAGGCGUCUUACGCCAGCGGAGAAGCUCCAGGGGACGCCCUGUUCAGCAGCUCCACCCUGCCCCGCUCCCCCACUGCCCAGCACGCCACGCCUCGACGCCCCUCACACAAGUCCCUGGGUGACCUGUCGACCUCAGACAGCUGUGGUUCUGACCCGGGCAGGAGGAGACAGCUGCAGGAGCAGGUCCUCAUGCCCCUGCCUGACCCCGGUGCUGACCCCGCCCUCAACUGGUCCAACCUGGUGGACGCUGCCAAGGCCUUCGAGGCUGAGCAGAAGGCCAGUCUGCUAGCUGCUAGCGACGGGAGCUCCAGAGGGGAGAGCGUGGCCUCCAGUCCCCAGCAGGCUGAACCCCAGGCUGCCCCACAACGCCAGCCCUCCCCUGGUGAGAUCCCAGCCUGUCUGAUGGGGAAGGUGAGCCAGCUGGAGUCCAUGGUCAAGCUGCUGCAGGGCGACCUGAAGAAGGAGAUGGAGGCGAAGGCGUCGCUGCAGGCCCAGGUGGAGGGGCUGAGAGAGGACAACCUGCGUCUGCAGGAGGAGUCAUACAGUGCCUCAGCCAAGCUCAAGAAGUUCACAGAGUGGGUCUUCAAUACCAUCGACAUGAACUGACCAGCCAGCACCCCCCAGACUGGUGCAGCCCCCCCCCCCCCCUGACCCCCCCCAGACUGGUGCAGCCCCCCCCCCCCGCCCCCCCAGACUUCUGCACCACAGGACCAGCACACCAGCAGACUGACUGUAGUUCAACACCUGCCUGGAGAAGAGAGAGGCGCUGUGUGGCUGAUCCAGUGCUCCCACACACUGAUCCUCGGUCCGUUACGGCUCUUUGGAAUGGUCACUUCUUCCUGGGAGAGGGAUUUGAGGGGGGAGGAGAGAGGAAGGAGAGAGGAAGGAGAGAGGAAGGAGAGAGGAAGGAGAGGGGGAGGAGAUAGGAAGGAGAGAGGAAGGAGAGAGGAAGGAGAGGGGGAGGAGAGAGGAAGGAGAGAGGGACCUUUCCCCCAGGAUGGACAGAACUGGAGGUGCUUCUGCAUGAGUGACAGUGUUGACCCUCCCUGAAGAGGGGACCAUCCUGACGCCACCUUACUGGACUCAUCUUCAGUUCUGUUCAUGAGCGGUGGUCUGUUAGAAAGGUCUGUUGGUAAAUAUCCUGACCAGUUUGACAUGUUAGAAUAUGACAGUUUCUAGAGAGUAAUAUCAUUGUGAAUUGUUGAGAUUGCAGUGAAUGAUAUGAGGGAAAUGAAUAAUAUUUGAUGUUUUGAAAAAAGAAGAAGUGAUUGAGAAGUUGAGAUCCACAGAGAUGAGGUUGCCGUGGUGAUGCUGACCGCUGAAAUCAACUAGACACGACGUGUCAGAUGAAUAGACCACUUAUCUGAUGAAACCACUUGUACUUGUCUGAUGAAAUUCCCCAUGAAAAAAUUGUUUCUUAACAAAGGUGCCAUAAUUACGAGAGACAAGCUUGACAAGUUAAAGAUGCAUUUUGUAAAUAUGUGCUGUUUGGGCAUUUAAAUAGAGAAGCUGCAUUAUGGCUGUCUAGUUUGAUCCUGUAUUCCCUGCUAAGAGCUUGAGAAGAUAUUACAGGACAGGAACUGCACUGUCUACUACUCAGCAAGGAUUCAGCAGUCUUUGGAAUGACUAACUGAAAUGUGUUACUGGAAGACAAAGGAUUAAACUGGAAAAACAUAGGUUUACGGUUUUAGAAUUAGAGUCUGAAUAGAUUUAUUAUAAUUAUUGUUUUAGCUGGGAGGUUGGUAUUAAGGACACAGUACUGCCUGAUGCAGAUGAGUCAAGUGCCACCUGGUGGUGAGGACGUGUAACGGCAGUCUGUCCCAGUCUUGAUCUGCAGCAUGGUCCCAGAUAACUCAACCCAGAGAUGUUUGAUCCUUUUCUACUGUACUCUCUGUAGAGUAAAUCGGUACUAUGUGUGUUGACGUGUAAAUAUGCAGCGUAAAUCCUGACCUCUGUCACGUGUGCUGUGAGAUCCGCUCACCUGUAAAGCAGCCUAGCCACGCCUUCCAGCAGCCUGGCCACGCCUCCCAGCAGCCUGGCCACGCCUCCCAGCAGCCUGGCCACGCCUCCCAGUGAGGGGGCGUGUUUACACAGUCUGCUGUGUAAUCCAGGCGUGACAUGUGCUCAUGACCACCUCACUGUCACCUUGUCACCUCCAGAACGUCAUCUCCCAGUAUACAGCCUGUAUAUAAAGAUGAAGCUCAUCUUAGUUUGCACCUUCCUUCAUGUGUUGCAACAUGUGGUCAUGUUUCCUUUGGGCUGUGACUGUGUAAAAAUGUUCAUAUCUAUUAAAGAUAUUUUGUUGAAA